AUGUGGGUACAGCCCAACUUCUGCCCAUGUUGGGGACACUCUGAGUCCCCGUGGGGGAUUGGGAGAGAUUGGCCAUUGUUCUCAGGUUUCUCCUGCCUUCCUCUCUCUCUCUCUCUAGACUCUCGGACCUCUUGGCUCCUGACCUUUACCCUCCUCUGCCUGCUGUGGCCUCAGGACACUGGUGCUUUCCCUGCUUUGCCCUUGUCCAGUCUGUUUGCCAACGCUGUGCUCCGAGCUCAGCACCUGCACCAGCUGGUCGCUGACACCUACAAAGAGUUUGAGCGUGCCUACAUCCCUGAAGGACAGCGCUACUCCAUCCAAAAUGCCCAGGCUGCUUUCUGCUUCUCAGAGACCAUCCCGGCCCCAACAGGCAAGGAGGAGGCUCAGCAGAGAACUGACAUAGAAUUGCUUCGCUUCUCACUGUUGCUCAUCCAGUCAUGGCUGGGGCCCGUGCAGUUCCUCAGCAGGAUUUUCACCAACAGCCUGAUGUUUGGCACCUCGGACCGUGUUUAUGAGAAACUGAGGGACCUGGAAGAGGGUAUCCAGACCCUGAUGCAGGAGCUAGAAGACGGCAGCCCCCAUGUUGGGCAGAUCCUCAAGCAAACCUAUGACAAGUUUGACACCAACAUGCGCAGCGAUGACGCUACGUUCAAAAACUACGUGCUGCUUUCCUGCUUCAAAAAGGACCUGCACAAGGCGGAGACCUACCUGCGGGUCAUGAAGUGUCGCCGCUUUGUGGAAAACAGCUGUGCCUUCUAGCCACACACUACAGGGUCCCUGCUGCACUUCCCCGGUGACUUCCCUUUACCCUGGCAACUGCCGUCCCUUUGCUUUGUCCUAAUAAAAUUA